AGGAAGCGUGCGGAGCUCUGUUGUUGCACAGCUGUGUUUAUAACACACCAGCAAACGUCUUGUUAACUUGUCAGCAGCUUUUUCUUUUAACUUGGAUGCCAUGGUUUCACUGUCACCGUUGGGGUACGUGAGCAGCGUUUUGCUGACACCUUUAAGCCUUGUGUAUUUACUUAUAUUUCUGCCAGUGUUAUUUUGGGUAGUUUUCUAUCAAAAGAAGCGGCUCCUGUACAAGAAUAUCCCUCCAGGUCCGACCCCGUGGCCGGUAGUUGGUAACGUGGGCGGGUUUUUCAUCCCCACUUCUGUAAGAAAGAUACUUGGACAGCAGUACCAACAGCCAGGAAUAACAGGCACUGCUUCUUUAAGUCACUUUGCUGAGCUGUACGGUAACAUUUACAGUUUCUUCAUGGGGUCUCAGUUGAUAGUUGUAUUGAAUGGCUAUGAGAUGGUGAGAGAUGCUCUCUCCAACCACGCCGAGGUGUUUUCUGACAGACCGGACGCCCCUGUCAUCACCAUCCUCACUAAACGCAAAGGGAUAGUAUUUGCACCUUAUGGGCCAGUGUGGCGAAAGCAGCGCAAGUUCUGCCAUGCCAGUCUGCGAAACUUUGGCCUGGGGAAGUUGAGUUUGGAGCCGUCCAUCCUGCAAAGCCUAGAAACCCUCAAAACUGAAAUUUUGCGAAAGAAUGAGGAGUCUGGCAGCGGCGGUAUGAACCUGUCUUCACCGAUCAGCAGUGCCGUGUCAAACGUCAUCUGCUCGAUGAUCCUUGGUCAGCAGUUCCAGUUUGGGGAUCCGGAGUUCCGCAUCCUGCUCGACCUUGUACCGCUUGCGCUGGAGGUCUCUAUGAACAGCGCUGCAAUCCUCAUCAACGUCUUUCCACCGCUCUUCUAUUUGCCUUUUGGGCCCUUCAAGGAUUUACGGCAUGCGGAAAGAGACAUCGGAGUCUUCCUAAAGAAGAUGAUCGCCGACCACCGUGAGACGUUGGAUCCCAACAACCCAAGGGAUCUUGUAGACAUGUACUUGAUGGAGGUGAUGGCCCAGAAAGCUGCAGGAGAGCACGACAGCACCUUCACAGAGGAUUAUCUCUUCUAUAUUAUAGCUGACCUCUUCGUUGCUGGCAGUGACACCACUACUAACUCAGUUUUGUGGUUUCUGCUCUUCAUGAUCUUACACCCUGACAUCCAAGAUAAAAUCCAGGCAGAGAUUGAUGAAGUGGUGGGCAGAGAUCGGGUUCCAUCUCUGACUGAUAGGGGAAGUAUGCCGUUCACUGAGGCCACCAUAUUGGAGACGCAGCGAUUGGCGGUGGUGGUUCCCCUGUCUAUUCCGCACAUGGCCUCAGAAACAACAGAGUUCCGAGGCUACACUAUUCCUAAGGGAACGGUUAUUUUCCCCAACCUGUGGUCCGUCCUCAGGGAUCCCACUGUGUGGGAGGAUCCAGAAACUUUCAACCCAGCACGGUUCUUGGACAAUGAAGGAAAUUUGCUCAGGAAAGAGUUCUUCAUACCGUUUGGGAUUGGUCGCAGAGUGUGCAUGGGCGAGCAGCUGGCAAAGAUGGAGAUGUUCCUGAUGGUCACCCACUUACUGCAGGCCUUCAAAUUCAGAAUCCCAGAAGGACAGCCUCCUCCUUCACUAGAAGAACGCUUUGGCCUGACAGUAGCACCCAAACCAUACAAUGUAUGUGUGACAGCUCGUAAUGACAACGGUGGAACAGAUUCUAAGUAAACAAGGUGCACUGACAUUAAGCACUUCACAAAAAUCCAAAGAUGCUUCUUCACAUCUCCUGGAGCAACACCUUGAUGCUAUUUCUAUACCAAGAUAUCAUUUUUGGACCAGACUAGUUGGUCUAUAUGGGUGAAAUCCCAGGUUAUUUUAUUAUAUUCAUUGUUAGUUUUAUAAACCAGAUUAUUUAAGAAACUCCUGAUUUUAGAAAAAGAAUGUCAGAAGUAAUGACAAAUACAGAUCAUAUUUAUUUUUACUCAAAUUUUAUAUUACUAAAUAAUGAAGAACUUUUUGUACCGCACUUUAGAAAAACAAAAGCAUGAAGUCAUGAGAUUGUACGGGUUUAUUCUUUUUUCUUUCAUACUUGAUACUUGAUUAGCAAGGCCAGUAUUAUAUAUUCAGAUGCCUUUGGAUUUUGAAAUACCAGCCGAAUUGUUGUGUUGAUAGUUUAACAUUUCAGUUUUUGACCCUGCUAUGAUUUUCUUUGUAGAAAUUAGCACAAAUAUUAAAUGAAUGAGCUCAUACUGUAAAUUUAAGUGUAAUUUUGAAAAUAAAGAUUUUAUUUUUGAAAAAUAUAACAUAU